GGCGGCGCAGCCCAGUCCGCGCCGUGCCCGCGCCUCGCCCCGCCGUGCCGUGCCCGCGCUCUGCCGGGGCCCGGCGCCAUGGAGUGCGCGGCGGCGGGGGCCGAGUUCAACAUCCUGCUCGCCACCGACUCCUACAAGGUUACACACUACAAGCAAUAUCCACCGAACACAAGCAAAGUAUAUUCCUACUUCGAAUGUCGUGAAAAGAAGACGGAAAAUUCCAAAUUAAGGAAAGUGAAAUAUGAAGAAACUGUUUUUUAUGGCUUGCAAUACAUUCUGAAUAAAUACUUAAAAGGUAAAGUGGUAACCAAAGAGAAAAUCAAGGAAGCCAAAGAAGUGUAUAGGGAGCACUUUCAAGACGAUGUCUUCAAUGAAAAGGGAUGGAACUAUAUUCUGGAGAAAUAUGAUGGCCAUCUUCCUAUUGAAAUAAAGGCUGUUCCUGAGGGCUCUGUCAUUCCCAGAGGAAAUGUUCUCUUCACAGUAGAAAACACAGAUCCAGAAUGCUACUGGCUCACAAACUGGAUUGAGACUAUUCUUGUUCAGUCAUGGUAUCCAAUCACAGUAGCUACGAAUUCUAGAGAACAGAAAAAGAUUUUGGCCAAGUAUUUGCUGGAGACUUCUGGCAGCUUAGAAGGACUGGAAUAUAAACUGCAUGACUUUGGCUACAGAGGAGUUUCUUCACAAGAGACUGCAGGAAUAGGAGCUUCAGCUCAUUUGGUAAACUUCAAGGGAACAGACACUGUAGCUGGAAUUGCAUUAAUUAAAAAGUACUAUGGAACAAAAGAUCCAGUUCCAGGAUAUUCUGUUCCAGCUGCUGAACACAGUACCAUAACAGCUUGGGGGAAAGAUCACGAAAAAGAUGCUUUUGAACACAUAGUGACACAGUUUUCUUCGGUGCCUGUAUCUGUGGUUAGCGACAGCUAUGACAUUUACAAUGCUUGUGAAAAAAUAUGGGGUGAUGACUUAAGGCAUAUAAUUGAAGCCCGAAGUCCAGAGGCACCGCUUAUUAUUAGACCAGAUUCUGGGAAUCCUCUCGACACUGUUUUAAAGGUCUUGGAGAUCUUAGGGAAGAAGUUUCCCAUUACAGAGAACUCUAAAGGCUACAAACUGCUGCCACCCUAUCUCAGAGUUAUUCAAGGGGAUGGUGUGGAUAUCAACACAUUGCAAGAGGGAUUGCUGGUAGAACAGAUUGUGGAAGGAAUGAAGAAGAAUAAAUGGAGUAUUGAGAAUAUCGCCUUUGGAUCUGGUGGAGCGUUGUUGCAGAAACUAACCAGAGAUCUCUUAAACUGUUCCUUCAAAUGUAGCUACGUGGUGACCAACGGUCUUGGGGUAAAUGUCUUCAAGGAUCCAGUAGCCGAUCCAAACAAACGGUCAAAGAAAGGCCGACUGUCUUUGCAUAGGACACCUGCUGGAGAUUAUGUGACACUUGAAGAAGGCAAGGGAGAUCUUGAAGAGUAUGGACAGGAUCUCCUUCAUACAGUAUUUAAGAAUGGAAAGGUAACGAAGUCAUAUUCAUUUGAUGAAGUAAGACAAAAUGCCAGGCUGAAGAACAGUGAACUAGAAAUGGCGUCUCACUAAGUUUCAUUCCUUGUCCGUGUAUGUGUGUGUAACAAGUAUGUACUGCAUAGCUACUGGGUUUACUGUACAGAUUUGUGUGUUUGUGUUUUAUGACAUUGCAGCCAAAUUAUUUGUUGGUUUAUGGACAUACUGCCCUAUCUUUUGCCAGUCUUUAGAAAAGAUGAAAUCAGGAAAUGGUACUUACAAUGUAAAACAUAUUUAAUGCUCAAGUGUGCUUUUUAGGGCCCUUUGCCAGUAGUGAUUCAAUCUGGUAUUGAUCUUUUCACAAAUGAGACAGAGCUGAGAAACUUUUUUAUAUAUAACAGAAUAUCACAAAAUGGAUUUACAUAAAAUUAUCAUGAUUGCUUUAUGUUUAUAUUUAACUUGUAUUUUUGUACAAACAAGAUUGUGUAAAAUAUAUUUAAAGUUUCAAUAAUUAAGUCUUUCCAACUUUUCAUGAUUUUUAUGAGCACAGACUUUCAAGAAAAUAUUUGGUGGGGGGGAGAAUCCAUUGCCUUUUGUCCAUUAAUCAGCAAAUAAAACAUGGCCUUAAAGUUUGUUGUGACAUUGUACCAUUUGACGACUAAAUCAGGACUUGUAUUUCCUUAAGAUCCCAUAGAAUUGCUGACCUCACCGUUUCUUGUAGUUGUCUGUAUUAGUUAAUCUACAUUAAAGAAACUUACUGUUCUUACUAGAAGGUUUAGGUACUACAGACCUUGCUGGCAUGGUAAGGUGUAUAAAUGGAAUGCCAAAUUUGAAAGGAUUCUCUACUGCAACUUAACUUGCCAAGUCUAUCCCACUUGGCACAUGCACCUCAUAUUUUAAGAGUAAAGUUUUUAAGAGAUCUCCUCUUCCACUAUAGAAUAUAUGUGUAAAAUACUGAAAUAUGGAAGCGGUGUAUUUUAAAGUAAUUACACUUCUGGGUUUAUUUUUCAUAUACUGUAAGUGACAUGACUUUAAAGCAAAAUACUGGACUCGGUAGUGCACUUUUUUACUUUUUUGUAUUUUUUUCAUUGAUUUGCCUUUUGUCAGACUGGAUGUUAAAUUGUAAAAAAAAAAAAAAAAAAGUUUAACUAUUUUUGUUAACAACUUUAAUAAAACUUUAUGCUAGCCAAUCUCCUACAUGAAUGGCAGACCUGUUUCCCCUUCUCCCCUGUCUCAUUGGGGCAAGGAGGGGCUUUUAUUUUGCAGAGGGUAACUGUAAAAACAAGGUUUCAGAGAGAGUUUUGAACUGUCUGCACUCGAUUGUACUUGCUCUCUGCAUAUGCUUGAUUUGAAUAUCUGCUAGAAAACAAAACUGAGGAUUUUAUUUGAGAAGCUAUGUAGUAACCUCUGAAAUGUUUGGAAGUACUGUAGGAUGGCUCUCACUAGAAAAGGAAUACCUCCCUUAUUUAAAGAAAAAAAGAAAAAAAUGGCUUCUGUAUUUUGUUUAUGAUCAACUGUCAGACAAUGACUUAAUAUACUGAUGUAAUUAAUGCUUCUAAUUAGAAAAUGAUGUUACAGGAAAAUGUUAGGGGUCCUCUAAAAUCACUUAAGCCUACAAAAACUAUACAAAAUAUGCUUUUAAAGGAAGAUUGAAAAGCCAUACUUCAUUGUUUUCUUUCUGUCACCAAGGACCACAUCAAAGCAUUCAUAAUAUUUCCAGGGUUUGUGGUUAAGACAUUUAUGCCCAGUCUCAAUAGUUCUUGUUAAUAAAAACUUGUUUUCCACUCUUAGUGUAUGUAAUUAUACAUUUAAGUGAUGUCUUGUUUCAAAAAUAGUGCUUUAGUAAAACUUUAAAUGCUGACCUUUCACACUGAGGUACUGCCUUCCCUUUGCUAUUAAUGAUAUUGUUUGUAUUUGGCCAAGAAAAAAAUUAAAUCUGGACUUAGGAUCAAUAGCAGGUAAAUAGAACAGAGCCUAUUUUACUCCUCCAGAUAUGUACUAGGGAAUUUUAUGAUGUAUGGUUUAAAAAAUAAGAGUAAAUGCUGCUUUCAUUCUGUACCAAUAAAAAUUUUGAUAACUAUUAA